AACCCUCCAAUUUUCUCUCUACCGAACAGUCCUCCUCGUUCUUCUCUCCUCCAUUACUCUCUUCCUAAGGCGCCGUCUGAGGCGAGUUGAGCGUAGGAGAUUGUUAUAGCAACAAUGGCAGAUAUGCCACAGCACCCCACUGUUUUCCAGAAGGUAGCUAACCAGCUUCAUCUGAGCUCAAGUCUUUACCAAGAUACCCAAGCUCGCUAUGGGGGUUUACCAAGGCCUACUCAGUACUCUAGGCAUUUUGCUUGUGGAAACUACAGCAAUGCUGGUCUGAAAUAUCCUGUCACACAACAAUGUCAAGCCACCAUGGAUCUGUCAUCAAUUACUGCAAAUGCUUCACCAGUCUUUGUGCAAGCUCCGGCAGAGAAAGGAUUUACAAGUUUUGCAAUUGACUUUCUCAUGGGUGGUGUUUCAGCAGCUGUCUCAAAGACUGCAGCUGCCCCUAUUGAGCGUGUUAAACUCUUGAUUCAAAACCAAGAUGAGAUGAUUAAGGCUGGUAGGCUCUCUGAACCUUACAAGGGUAUUGGUGACUGUUUCAGUCGAACCAUCAAGGAAGAAGGAGUUGGUUCACUGUGGAGAGGAAAUACUGCCAAUGUUAUUCGUUACUUCCCCACUCAGGCCUUGAACUUUGCAUUCAAGGAUUACUUUAAGAGGCUCUUCAACUUCAAGAAGGACCGUGAUGGCUACUGGAAAUGGUUUGCUGGCAACCUUGCUUCAGGUGGUGCUGCUGGUGCUUCAUCAUUACUUUUUGUCUACUCAUUGGACUAUGCUCGAACACGUUUGGCUAAUGAUGCCAAGGCUGCAAAGAAGGGAGGUGAAAGGCAGUUCAAUGGUUUGGUUGAUGUCUACAGGAAGACUCUUGCCUCUGAUGGUAUUGCAGGACUUUACCGUGGAUUCAACAUCUCCUGUGUUGGAAUUAUUGUCUAUCGUGGGCUGUACUUUGGAUUGUAUGACUCUAUUAAGCCAGUUGUCUUGACUGGAAACUUACAGGAUAGUUUCUUUGCUAGCUUUGCCCUUGGUUGGCUCAUUACAAAUGGUGCUGGUCUUGCCUCUUACCCAAUUGACACAGUCCGUAGAAGAAUGAUGAUGACAUCUGGUGAAGCUGUCAAGUAUAAGAGCUCUCUUGAUGCAUUCUCUCAGAUCCUCAAGAAUGAAGGUGCUAAAUCUCUGUUUAAGGGUGCUGGCGCCAACAUCUUGCGUGCCGUUGCUGGUGCUGGUGUGUUGGCUGGGUACGACAAGCUUCAGGUGAUUGUUUUUGGAAAGAAGUAUGGUUCUGGUGGGGCUUAAGGUGCGCAGAGACCCCCUCACAUAUUGCUUUUUAGCAGUCUUAGAUGGUGAUGAAAAACCGAGUUUCAAUUUAAGAAUUCACUCAGGCUAAUGUUUUUGGCUUUGGAAUAAUUUGAUUAUUUAUUGGGGCUUGUACCCAAACAUGACCGCACCCCUCCUUUCAAGGGUGCUUUGUUUUUGCAGACUUGAGAAAGAGAGAGUUCACAUAAUUUUCGAAUUUGAUUUCUAUUUUAUGAUGGUUGAUUUUAGCUCA